UCUACCCAACAGAGACGAAACUAUAUGGGGUCUGUAAUCAGUAAACUUAAGGCAACAGAAAAUCUUCACUUGUCAAGGUCAUUAUCUGUAGUUGGUAAAGCUACGAUCUUAAAUUCGUUACUCCUUUCAGAAUGCUGGUAUCUACUCAGGGUCACACCACUGACCAAGCAUGAUUUGUCUCAGAUUACAUCCGUCGCUAUACAAUUCUGCCGAUCGAAUAUCUUUCCCGUCAUA